AUGACUUCGACUGUUGAUGUUGCACGCCUAUACGAUGGACUCGUUGAGUACGAGGUCCGCCGGCUAGCCGAGCACCCUAUGGAGCGGGAGUUAACCUUUUGUUCAAUUCAAGAUGGUCUUGCUGCGAAAUCAUCCAAUUCGAAGAAACGCAUUGCCGAUGUUGGAGGCGGUCCCGGCUGCAUUGCGUUCAGGCUUGCAGAUGCUGGCCAUGUUGUUGACUUGCGUGACUUAACCCCAGGGUUGAUAGAGGCAGCGAAAUCAGAGCAAGCGAAGCGAGUGGAAAAGGGAUCGGCGACUCUUGCGAGCCUUGAGAUAGGCAACGCACUCGACCAGAGUUCACUCGCAUUGAACCCAUCGAGCUACGAUGCUGUCCUUUUGCUGGGCCCUCUCUAUCAUAUCAUGGAGGAGGACGAACGGGUUGUGGCCGUUGAUAACGCUCUAAAUUUGGCAGCCGACGAUGGAGGUCUGGUCUAUUGCGCAUUUAUCAGCGUUGCGGCACAUUUGCGCGAUGUAGCGGUACGCGACCCGUCUCGCUUGGUUAUAGAAAGCGGCUUUUAUGCCAGCUAUCUCAACACUGGUAAAUAUGAGAAAUACAAGAAAGAAGACGACGUGCAUGUUCAGAGCUUCCACACUCACGCGGCCGAUGUGCGCGAGUUCUUCAGAAAGCAUUUCUCUACUAAAGCAGAGCUCAUUGAACUUCGGGCCACGGAGGGCAUUCUUGGAGGGGGCUUAGAUGCGAAGUUGGAGGCCGCUGGCACAGAGACGGUGAACAAAUGGGCAAGGCUGAUGUAUGAGCAGUUCUCUACCGCAGAGGAGUAUCUUGGCUGUGCAGACCAUUUACUUGCUGUCAUCAAGAAGAAGACAACGAAUUGA